UUUUAAGUUGCGUCUCAAAAUGUAAUCGUCUACAAAAAUUCAGCACUACCUCAAUAAACUUUGCAUGAAGACCGCGAGAACAGAGUCAGUGAAGUGAGCGGACUCUAUUUUGUCUGUGUGUUUUUUGGGGAACUGAAACUUGAAAGAUUACACAAUUGAGAGGGAGAGAGACUUUUAAGGUAAAACCGCGUGGAUAUAAUACCAUCUCCUCCUCUUCCCCCUUUGUCUCGUUGUUCCAUGUGAUGACUGAUCUCAUCUCCUUCGUUUAGUCCUACUGUAUAGUUUUGCAUUAAAGUCUCUGCCUUUCUUUUCCCCCUCACUAUUUUUUCUCCCUUUUCACACACACACACACACACACACCACUACUUCAUUACUACUAGUAGUAGUACAUCUAUCUCCUCCCACAUUUAUGCUUCUCAUCCUCCCUUUCUUCCCUAUUGUCAAGUCUUUAAACAUUUUCUGCUGAGGCUUUUUUUCUGAAUCUUGGAAGCCUCAUUUUUUAUUAGAUAGAUCUUCAAUUCUGAAGAGAUAAACAGAGGUGGGGGCAUAGAUUUCUGUACCCAUUUUAACAACCUAUGGCUCCACUGCAAGAUUUCAGUCCUAGAAAGGUACUACUACUUCUUACAUUUGUCCUAUUUUUUUCCUUGGCUUCAAUCUGCAUUUCUGCUUCCAGUUUUGAAGUCCAAUCACAUAAAAAUGGCAUCUUUGGGAGGAGGAAAUUGCUUGGUGGGGUAGAGUUAGAUGAAGAUGAUGAUGAGCCAGUUGUUGUUGUUAAGAAGAAAUCCAGCAGUAGCUCUGUUUUGUCCAAAGAUUCAAAACCCAAAAACCAGACCAAAUUACUCAAGCCCACUACUCUGAGUUCAUCCAAGAAUCAAACCAAGCUCCUCAAAGCUUCCAUUGGUCUGUCUACUAAGAAUCAAACCAAGCUUACCAAGACUAAGGAAGAAACCAAGCUUAUCAAAUUACCUUCACAAUCAGCCAAGAACAAGACGAAGCUCACCCAGGCGUCCUCAGAUUCGAGUUUCGAAGAUCAACCCACCAUCAAAUCCAAGCUCAAGAAGCUGAAUUUCACUUCUAAACCCACAAAUUCAACUAAAACAGCCAGUCUCCUCACUAAGAAGUCCUCAGAUCUCACCAAAUCGAGCUCAGCCAAGAACAAAACAGAGAAGGCGACAUCUUCGAAAGAAUCCAAAUCCCAUUUUUUGGAUGAAGAAGAAUCUGACAGCAACGAGUCCAAGCCUAAAUCCAAUGCCAGCUCAGACAAGAAAUCCACCAAGUCCCCAGCAGUGAAGACCAAAAACAAGCCUUCAGAAGAAAAACCCAAGUCAGGAGGAAAAUCAGGAAAACAGAGUUGGCCAAGUUGGGUUGAUCAAGACGAUGAUGAUGAUGAUUUGGUUUCUGGGUUCAGGACCUUACCCUCCAAAUUCCAAGAAACAUUGUUGCCAGAUUUGGAGAAAAUCUCCAAAACCUCAAAAGUUUACCUCACAAAAGCCAACAAAGAAAUCACCAAAGGGUUCAAACCAUAUGUAGGUAACAAGUAUGCUCCCACAAUUGCUUCAUUCAUCUCCUUUGCCUUCAUUAUCAUUCCCCUGGUCCUUGUUUCCCUCAUUUUCAACAAAAUUAAAGCCUAUUUCUCACUCCAAAAGAUCCUAAUCUUCAUCCAAAUUUACCUAUCCAUCUACUUCUCAAUCCUCUGUUUCUCUUCAUUAAUCACUGGCCUUGAACCAUUGAAAUUCUUCUAUGCUACUUCCCAAUCAACAUAUGUUUGUUUACAAGUGCUCCAAACACUUGCUUAUGUGUUGUACCUUCUGCUUCUUUUGAUGUACCUGAUCCUGGUUUUCUCCACUGAGACUGGGCCGGUGACGAAGUUAUUGGGUUUGGGCCAGACUUUUGUGGGCUAUGCUGUUGGGCUGCAUUACUACGUGACGGUGUUUCACAUGGCGGUGUUGCACCAACCGCCCAAGACGAGUUGGAAGAUCCAUGCGAUUUACGCCACGUGUUUCCUUGUGAUUUGUGUGUUAACUAGGGUUGAUUAUAGGAGGAAGAAAGGAUACUUAGAUGGGGAUGAAAGCAAAAUGAGUUAAUUCAUCCCUUAAUAGUUUUUCAUUUUUACUUCUUUUUUUUUUUGGCCAUUUUGUUUUAUGAUGGUUAUAAUGGUACUUAAGAAAGAAGCGAAAAAGAAUUCGCUCUUUCGAAUUUACAACAAAUUUGUAAUUUAUUAUUAAGAUUAUAAUUAAAGUUCUACAAAUGAUUAAGGGUUGCA